GACUACCGCAAAAAUUCAAUGAAUUCCGCAAAUUAGCAAUGCCACAUUCUCCUAGUUGUUUAUUUGUAGUAUAUUUAUUCUGUAAUUACAGAUCAAGAGAUAUGGUAAUGUCUCGAGAGAAGACCGCUAUACAGAAAUUUUGAGUGCAGAAAGUGUAACAGUGUAGUUAUACGGGGACAGACAUUGAGCACAACCACAACCAGUAAUCGGUAGCGAAAAUUCUGGAAGAUUCUUAUGAUAUAUUCUAUCGUACCGAUAUAUUUCGCUAUCAUUUAAUCUCUGGGUGUCAGUUCGCGAACAUUCAUUGCGUUUUAGUGUUAUAUGUAUAAAACUUACGACACAUCGUGAACAUUCUGCGAGACUUGUGAAUUAAAUCAAUAAUGUCGGCGAAAACUGACGAAGUGAAAUUAGAUAUUGAGGAACUCAACAGCUUACUUGAGCAGGCUCGUAGGCAACGAACAAAAGAUGUGUUGACACUGGAAAUCAGGAGACUACAGACAGAAUUGGCAAGGUUACUUGAAGAAAACAAAAAUGCAUCCAUUAAACCGACAACUCCCUUGCUCAAUGGUCCCCAAAAGUGCUAUGAAGUAAAAUUGAACAAUUAUGGAUGGGACCAGACACUUACAACAGUGAAAAUCUAUAUAACGUUAAAAGAUGUUCAUCAGUUGCCCAAGGAUGCCAUCAUCUGCAAUUUUACAGACAAGUCUUUGGAUUUGCGAGUACUUGGUUUGGAUAACAAAAAUUAUAACUUAACCAUCAACAAUUUGUGUGCCGAGAUCGACACUGAGAAGAGCAGUUUUAAAGUGAAGACUGAUAUGAUCGUAAUGUUACUCGCGAAAAAAGUUGCUAAAGACUGGUCUCAUAUCACAUUAGUAGAGAAGAGAAUCAAAGAUGCCAAAUCGUCGACUGUGCCGGAAUUAGGCGAGGACAGCGAUCCUGGCGCUAGUCUAAUGAAUCUCAUGAAGAAGAUGUAUCAGGACGGCGACGACGAAAUGAAGAAAACAAUAGCGAAGGCAUGGACUGAGAGCCAAGAGAAACAGAGAAGCGGUAUAAUGGACUUGUAAUUCCAGUAUUGAUCUACGAAAUCUCGUAGAUCUAAUUUAGGCCGCAGCGAGAAUAGGGGCAUGAGGAGCACAGCGUUCACCAUCACGAUGCCGUAAUAGACCAGGAACUUGAAGUAAUAGCGGAAGUUGCGGCUGGUCUCGUAGAGGAACGGCAGCACG